CGGCCGGCGGAGCCCGGGCUUCAGCAGCUCGGGAGAGAGCGAGGCGGCAGGGAAGGGGAGGGAGAAAGUUUGUUUCCCCGACGUCAGCGCCGGGCGGGCCGCGGCGGCCGCGGAGCCAGGAGGCUGCGGGGAGCGGGCCGAGCGCCGGGCGGCCGGGGCGCGCUCGCUGCCACGACCCGCGCCUGCGACCCCGCCGGCCAUCCCGGGGCCGCUCGCGGGCAUGGACAGCGCGGCGGCCGCCGCCUUCGCCCUGGACAAGCCGGCGCUGGGCCCGGGGCCGCCGCCGCCGCCGCCGCCCGCGCUGGGGCCCGGCGACUGCGCCCAGGCGCGCAAGAACUUCACGGUGAGCCACCUCCUGGACCUGGAGGAGGUGGCGGCGGCCGGGCGGCUGGCGGCGCGCCCCGCGGCCAGGGCCGAGGCGCGGGAGGGCGCCGCGCGGGAGCCGUCCGGGGGCAGCAGCGGCAGCGAGGCGGCGCCGCAGGACGGUGAGUGUCCCAGCCCGGGGCGUGGCGGCGCUGCCAAGCGGAAGAAGAAGCAGCGGCGGAACCGCACCACGUUCAACAGCAGCCAGCUGCAGGCGCUGGAGCGAGUGUUCGAGCGCACGCACUACCCCGACGCCUUCGUGCGUGAGGAGCUUGCCCGGCGUGUCAACCUGAGCGAGGCGCGCGUCCAGGUCUGGUUUCAGAACCGCCGGGCCAAGUUCCGCCGAAAUGAGCGGGCCAUGCUGGCCAAUCGCUCCGCCUCGCUGCUCAAGUCCUACAGCCAGGAGGCCGCCAUCGAGCAGCCCGUGGCUCCCCGGCCCACCGCCUUGAGUCCAGAUUAUCUCUCCUGGACAGCCUCGUCCCCCUACAGCACAGUGCCGCCCUACAGCCCUGGAGGCUCAGGUGCCGCAACCCCAGGAGUCAACAUGGCCAACAGCAUCGCCAGCCUCCGUCUCAAGGCCAAGGAGUUCAGCCUGCACCACAGCCAGGUGCCCACGGUGAACUGACGGCCGGCCCCACCAGGACCCAGCUGCCUCCUGACCUGACAACAGGAGAAAGGGCAGAUAUGCAGGGAAGUGACCUUCUCCUGUCCCCUGUCCCCAGGACAGGCUGGUUGGGCUCUCCUGGCCCCUCUGCAGCCCAGACUCCUGGGCCUGAGAGGCUGCUGGCAUGCCUGGAACCUGGCUCAGCGCCUCACCCACGGCCGCGCGAGGCUCCAGCCUGUGACCCUCGGAAGGGCUGGGCCGGAGGUGGAGCAGGAGCUCCCCAAGGACCACACUUACUUUGUGUACUAAAACCAAAAAGCUUUUGUCUCUAAGAAAUAAAAAGUUUUUAAGCCCAAAAGGUUGCGGGAGGGCAGAUAAAGGCAGCAAACCAAUGAAGGUGCGGCCUGUGGGGCCUGCUCUGGCCGGAGCGGUCCUGGGGUUUUGCCCUGGGCCUAGCUCAGGCCAGCAGCCCCGGCAUGGCCAGCCACCCUCAUAGCUGCGCCUGCUUCUGAAUGAAGUCCUUUGUCACCCCGCAGAGCCCCAGGGAUGCCAAGUAGGGUAGGAGGACAGGGACCUGCCCUGGACCCCAUGGACACUCAGUUGUUUGGGAAAGACCCUUCUGUGUUAUUCUGGGCAGGACUGCUUCCCGUGGGCAGCGAGUGUCUCCUCUGCCCUGUGGUGGGAGGCAGGGUGGUGGCUAUGGAUUCCUGGACUGCCAGGCGGUGUGUGGCAGAUACUGGAAUUAAAUCCUUGUCUCUGGGCAUAUAGAAGGUGUGGCACCCCUCUGCAUAUUUGACUGUGGAGGGGCCUGGACAAAUGGCCCAGAAAGUGGGGGUCCCAGGUGGGCUUACGGGACAGAGGAGUGGUCCUAAUAGCCAAGGCCACCAGGAGACCUUCACCCCAGUCCUCAACCCACCCUUUUGCAGAAAACUGGGGGUAACAAAGGACACGUGCCACCACCCAAUGAUAUCAUAAGGCACCUGCAGAGAACUGUGGGGCAAGACUGGUCUGAAGAGCCCCCUCUGCGUGGCCGCAUGCCAUGCCUUCUGAUGGGCACACCCUCCAGGGAAGAUAAGAGAUCACUUCUGCUAAAAGUAAGCUCAGCCAGCCCCCAGGAAGUAGGACAGCAUCCCCGGCCCCCAGUGCGUGAGAUGAUCAGCCUUCGGGAGGGGCAGCCUAAGUGGAGUUAAGAGGCUGGACCUCUGCCCGUCUGCCCCGCCCACCCCCCCAUCAAAGUGUCCCCAGAGUACCAGCCACCCCACCCCCAGCCUACAUCUAGAGGACUUGGAACAGGUCAAAGCCACAUGACAAGCCUUGCACAAGGGUGGUCCCUAUUUUUUGUUGUAGAAGUUAUGGUUACCAUACCCAUGAGUGGGGUGGGGACCCCUCCCAACUCUCUAAUUCACCCCGAUAUUCCUCCCCUGCUCCACUUGGAAUUCCACCAUGAAAAUGGGGUUCUUGUGGGUUGAGCUUUGCCCCCUUCGGAUGUGCAAACAUGCCUGGGACACUCACUGUGUGACUUCUUGUGGCUGGACGGUUGGGACUCUGGUCACAGGAGAGUGUGGGGCCCUGGGAAGGUGGAGGGAGGCACAGGCACCCCUGAAGGCAUGGGGAGGGCUCUGUGCUGCUGUCCUGAGCUGGCCCAGGCCCACCUGCCCACCGGGGCCAGAGCAUGGGGCAGACCUGGGCCCUGGUUGGAGGCUGGGGGUGGUGCAGCCAGAGCUGUGUUUUUUUCUGUUUGACCUCUGCCUUGGAUGAGUGAUUUCUGGGCCCCCAUUCGCCAUUCAUGCACUGAACAAAUAUCAUGAAACAUUUGCUGUGUGCCAGGGCCCUGCCAUGGGCCCUGAGGAGAGAGCAGAGAACUGAUACAGGGUCUCUGGCUGUAGCGGCCAUACCAGGUGCAGGGGGCCCAAACCUGGUCUAAGGCACCAGGGCAGGCUUUCCGGAUGAGGUGUCCCAUGAGGAUGAAGAGCCCAUCACCCAGAGGGGAAGGCGAACAGCAGUUCCAGUUAAGGGGGCAGCAUGUGUGAGGGCCCUGGGGCAAGCCAGAGGCUGUCUCUCUGGGCCAGUGGGGGCAUUUCCCCGGCUGGAUCUCCUGGCACAGAUGAAGGUGGAGAGAAGCAGGGGCUGGCUCAGGUGGGGCUUGUGUGGCUAGAUCUAGGAGUCUGGAUGUCACCCUGGCAGUGGGUAGCCACGAAGGGGGUUUGCUGGGUGGCAGGACCCCUGCCAUGGGCUGUGCGGAGGAGGGAGCAUAGGGCUAAGAGUGGAGGCAGACAGACUUCUGCAGAGGCCAGGGAAGAUGUCCAGGCAGGAGGGGUAGCUGUCUGGACCAGACAGGGACAGAAGUGUCCCAGACAUAGCAGGGGCAGGGGUUGAUGAGGUGAUGGGCUCAGGCUUCCAGAAGGGGGAGGCCAGGAGGCCAGGAUUUGGCUUAGACACAUGGAAGUGCCUGGCAGGAGGAAGUGCCCAGAAGUAGAACCUGCCUGGUAGAGGUGUUGGAAGCCAUUGGCCUGCCCUUCCCCCAAGACAAAAGUGGGGCCAACUGGGUCUGAGCAGGGUCCUCCCUCCCGGGAAGCUUCCCGUCUCCUCACCACCUGGGGGAUCUGCACCAGCAAAGGACCCUUGGGGCCCAGAACCGUGCCCUCCUGGGCACUGAACUGGGAGUGGGCGAGUGGACAGACCCACUCAGGCCCCAGGUUCCAGAGCUGAGGCAGGCUCACUGGCUGAUUUCGAUCCGAAGGGGGGUGCCGUGAAGCAUCACCAGGCUGGGGCUGCCUGCACAGAGACAGGGUCACACCGGGGCGGGGCGGGCCCCAGCUGGAGCCUGGAAGACGGGUCCCAGGAACGCCAGCUUCGGAAAAAGCUGGGGCCUGGUUCCCACGGAGGCGCUGGCCCUGCUGUCAGGCAGCAAGGAUGUCAAUGUCACUUCCUCCCAAUCGCUCUAGAAAAAACAAACCAGCUUAAUCGUUUACACAUGGUGCUCCAGGGAGCUGAGGGGGAGAGCACGGCGGCCCUCCCUGUGAAAGAAAAUAUAUUCAAACACUGCUGUCACUAGUGUGGCCCUAAUUGCAGGCUUGCGCGGGCAACUCAUGGGCACCCGUCCCAGGGUACCAUUUUCCACGAGGAUGAGGUACCAGAGGCCUAUCCCAGGCAGGAGAAUUUGGAUUCCUCCUCUCUCUGCCUCCCUUCGCCCGUCUGCCAAACAAGCUUGUGGGAGGGCGCUGCGUGUAUCUGCUUCUAUUUUUUGUUUGAAAUAAAGGAAUUUUGAGUUGAGAGAGACAAAGAGAGAAAUUGAAGGAAAGGCAGUCUGGCUCUUGCAAAACCCCACACCUGAGAAAUAAAGGCCAGAGUUUUGCCUUGGGCAAGGGACUUCUCUGGACCUCAGUGUCCUCCUCUGUAAAAUGGGGGUAAUGACGGAGGCCGCCUCACAGGAUGGUCGCUGGCUCCUGACCCAGCCUUCUCUUGAGAGACGAACUAGCACACCCCAAGUCGCCAGCAGGGGUCACAGCGUAGAAGUUAGCACAGGCCUUCUGGAAAAUGUACCCACAGCCAUGAGAGUGUUCACAGGCUUUCACCCCAUAACCCCAGCGCUAAACCCUUAACUUUAAGAGCCAGUCCAAAAUGGGGGGCAAGCCAACCUGGGGCAGUUCAUACACACUUUGUAAAAAAUCUGGGGAGACACAAACCAAAAUGUAAAUAGCUUAAAUUUUAUAGUGGCUC